CCACAAUGCCUGGAUUCCCCUCAAUCAAACCUGCCUUCACGGUCCAGGUAGGUCUUCCAACGCAUAUAUCUGCAGGCAGUGCAUCGAGAACCGCUAACUUGAUGGUUGUGCCCAUGCUGGGUAACAUAUUGAAGAGUGACCCGGCAUUUGAGCCCACUAUUGAUGCAGAAUUCGUCGGCGUUGGUAACGAUUAUAUCCACGCCGAUCCGGAUGGCCAGCAUCUGCGCUUGAACGCUCAUGGCGUUCUCAAAGCGACUUCCCAGCUCCUCUAUAUAAAUUAUACCGAUGUGGUCGCUAUGGGACCAGCAGAGCAGGCUGUGUUCGGCGAUACUGCUUCUGAUGGCGCAACACUGUUUGGGAACUCUUUUACCCAUUUCACUUUUGAGACUGACAAUGCACGCUACAAGGAACUUGAAAACCACGUCUUCGUUGGUCAAGGAUGGUUCAGGACCGAAAAGGGCAAGCCGAUUGUCGUCGAGUACAAGGUUGGCCGGGUUGUGAGCAGCUGA